UCACUUGCACGAGUCUGGAACAGAGAGAGAAACGCAUGGUAUAUGAACAGAAGUAAUGAGAGGAAAAUUGUCAUUUACAUCAGAGUCAGAAUUGAGUGUACUUCGCACAUCAUACGAGAUGAGUUCUCCAACAUCUUCCCCAUCGUUCAUCCUCCCAGAUAGCCCACCAGCCCAUCAACGCAUCCUCAACUACUGGCAACAGAAAGCUGCUCUUGCUGCCGAGUUGUCCGCUGCUGCAGCCGCCCCUUCACCACUCACCGUGGAAUCACCAUCGCCGGGCGGCAAGAUCGUGCUGGGAGACAGUCCUCUUCAAUGGCUGGCGCCAGCUGCUACCUGGGCACCGCGGCGAGCAGUGCUAGCUACUCUAUCGAACAAGAUCAAGCAGAAGCAGGGGAAGAGGAGGUUGGCGUUUGAGGAGCCUGAGGUUAGCGGGGAAGAGGACGAGGAGACAAUCUACUGACAAACAAAGAAACGUGCUGGAAUGGAGGACAACUCAUCGCUUGUCCCGCUGAUGAAGGAGGUGCGGCAAGGGGAGGAGGAUGAGAUGGACUUUGUCGCAAUUGUUAAUACACCAACAGCUAGACCGUGGAUGCCUCUCCGCGAGCUGGCGGAAGAUGUGCCGCACAGUAUCAUCUCGGCUCGUGAGGAGACAAACCACCACGGCAGACAGAUAAUAUUAAAAAUAAACAUUUCAUCCACAAAGAAAAUUGUCCAUAAUUUUUCCUGCAAAAGUUAUUAAAUUUAAUGCUAAUUGUAAGA